GAGUCGCAACUCCUUGGUCUCUGUGCAGCUCUUCGGGGAGUCCGGCUGCCCAGACACCACGGCCUUCAUUGCCGGACCGCUUGCGGAUGCCGAGAAGGCUCCUGGCGUCGCAGACAUCAUGCGAUUAGAUUGGACGCCCUUCGGCAACGCCUACUUUCUCACGGCCGAGUGCGGGGGAGUGCCGGCACCUGCAGGAUGUGGCACCUCUACUUCUUGCUUGUACAAUUCCACGGUCAGGGAGUGCUUCCUGGCCCAUUGCGGUCUUGGAGGGCGUCCCUUUGCGGACUGCUACUCACCGGGUCAUGUGCGUUGUCAGCAUGGCAGCGUCGAGUGCGCGGCCAACCAGCUGGAGGCCUGUGCCAAGAUGAAGGAUGCGGAAAGUUACUGGCCCAUCUCAAGGUGCAUAGAGAUGGCAUUCUUCACUGGAAAGCUGCGCACGGGCUCUUCCAGCCCUGAGGAGGUCCAUGAUGUCGCUGCGAGCUGCGGCCUAGCGGCUGAGACCUUCGACUUCUGUGCCUCACAGGGCCAUGAGGCCGUCGUUGCCAUGGCAAAGUCCACACCUCCUCAUCCAGGUGUUCCGUAUGUGUUGGUGAACGGCGUGGCUCUGUCUGAGACCAAAGACUUGCUGAAGAAGAUCUGCGAGGCUUAUGAAGGAGACAAGCCCGCUGGCUGUCUUGAGCACAGAAAGGCCGCAAAGGCCGCUGUAGCUCAGACGCCGGUGGAUGACGCUGUGCAGUCUGGAGGAAAGGUGUCGACAUCUGAGAGCAAUCGCAGUGCAGCACUCCAAGCCCUGGCCGGGAAACCGCAGGUGCAGCCAGAAGAUGCCAAGCAGAUUCAACUCGUGAACGCAGGUCACGAGGUGCGUUUCGCCACCGGAAGAUCCCUUUUGAACCGAGAUCAGCUGUUCGACAAGAAUGCCUUAGCAAAAGCAGCUAUGCAGUGCAUCGAAAUGGGCGCGAAUCUCGAUGGAGUUGAUUUGCAUAGUCAGAUACCUCUGCUUUGGGCUGCAGCGCCCGGCAACAUGGUGAUCGUCAAGUUUCUUCUGAAUCCAGACUUUGAGGUGAACGUUAGGGACAAGGCCAGGAAGACCGCUCUUUUCUUCGCUAUCGAUAACGGUCACCUGGACGUGGCCGACUACCCAGUCGAAAUGGGCUUCGCCAACCCCGACUUUCGUUUGUCCUUGCGCAGAAGCACGGAGCCGUUUCGCCCAGGCGAAACGGCUCCGUGCUUCUCCGGGGCCAGGAAGGAGGAGUCCGAGCCCAUCGUUGGUUGUAAAGAAGAGGACAACGUGCUCGUGGAAGCCUCAGGGACAGACGUGGCCGACUAUCUGAACGGGCAGCCUCGGUGGAACGUGCGGUCAAUAUGCUGCGAUCCAAUGAAGCGGAAGGAGCUUCGUGGCCACCUUGCAACCCUCCAUGCGAGGCCCGCGCGGGCUGGCGUCGAUGAGCUCGGUUUGCAAGGCGCUUGCAUAGACCUCCGCCCUGCAGGGCUUUGGCAGCAGGUCUUGACAGCUGCCAUGCAAGCUGGAAAAGGAUCCGUCCCCGCAGUUUUGAGUGAUCUGCGCGUGGCAUCAGAAAAAGACAGACCUCUCGCCGUCUGCCAGCGAGGAAUCGGCUUCCGAGAUCCGUACCACCCAACCGGAGAAGCAGCCUGGAACAAAGAGCUUGAAAGGAGGGGCCUCAAAUCGGAGAUUCGUGAAGGCAAAGUCUUCGAGGAGUUGUUGAGGAGGCAGGGCGAUGCCAAGAUGGAUGUGGCCGAGAACAUGUUCACGGAGGCGAUCCUGGACAACGUCGUGGAUUUGGGUGAGCUGGUGCUGCAGUUCUACGCCCUUUAUGUUGACAGGCAGCCGGUCAAUGGUGAUGCUGACAACUCCAAGGUACCGAGGCGACUGAGGAAGCGCAUGAACAAGGACUAUGGCUUGGAUGCCUCCUUCGACAUGAAGGAUGAGCUCAUUGCCUCGAAGGACAAGCCCAGUGCUCAGGCCAUCCAGGACUUCGCCGGCAGCCUGAGCGCGAUGCAAACGUUGAGCCCUCGCUUCAAGUUCAAGCGAAAUUGA